AUGGCAACGUACGUAAGCCAGCGUCGUGGCCGGGACGUGCCUGCCGACACCGAAAGGCGCCGCGCAAGAGAUGCCCAGGCCGAGUCCUCGAACGCUCAAGCUUCGCAAGCAGACACCCCAGAAGAGUCGGCGUCUCAGGACGACGGUGAUCAUGGCUCCAUGACCACCAUGGCUUCGUACAGCAAGGUCAAUGUCCUCGAUGCUGCACGCAAGCAGGCCGAUCAGUUGGGUCAGGCCGAGAUCAACAAGAAAGCAGCCGAGCUCGUCAGGUACGCCCUCGCCUGCGAAUAUCAACGCACGCUCAUCAGAAAGGACGAUAUCCGCUCCAAGGUGCUUGAUGACAAGACGAGUCGCAGUUCUGGUCCUGUCUUCAAUGCCGCGCAAAAGAUGCUGCACCAGACAUUUGGCCUGUCCAUGGUCGAAGUGCGUGCAAAGGGCGCCGACAACGCCGAGCUCGCCAAGCAAGCACAAGAUGUACUACGAGCCGCCGCGUCCUCUGCCAACGGACUCAGACCUCGUGGUCAGCAAGCCUCCGCCGACGACUCUGGUGCUGCGGAUGGAGGGCCGGGAACGAACAUCUGGGUACUAUGUUCGGCCCUUUCACCUGCUCUGAUCAACGAGCUGGUGAGCGUGGAUCAAGAGCUUAGCAAUGCCUAUGGGCAGACGAGAUCGGCAAGUGCAUCGUCACCCUCUUCGCAACGAAGGCGCCAGGCUACAAGCGUGUCUAAGGCGGCAGUCGACUGGAACCGCGCCGACCAUCAAGAUGGCGAGAUGGGUCUUUUGUACCUUAUUCUUGCGCUCAUCCUCGUCAACGGACGCACCAUCACCGACGGUCCGGCGUAUGGCUCGGCUUCGUCGGGAUCACAAAGCACACAGACUCAGGCGAGGACGCGAACGAUGCAGGGCACACUGGAAGGCUUUCUCCAAUCCAUGACCAGGCAGCAGUAUCUGGAGAAGCAGCGCUCCGACGUUGCAGUCGACUUUGUGGAUGCUGCCGUCAACCAGGCCCAGAUACAAGGGAGGAGACGUGUGCGACCGAGUGCAGCGGGAAACCGGGCCGACGAUGAGACAACCGUGUGGGAAUGGAGAUGGGGCAGCCGCGCCGAAGCCGAGGUAGGAGAGAAGCGGAUUGCGGAGCUCAUUUCAGUCUUAUUCACCGACCCCUCAGCAUCGCAGGAUGGCGCACAAGCUGCCGAAGAGGAAGAUGAAGAGACAGAAGCCAUCGACCGCGAACGACUGGUCAAACGUCGCAAGAUGCUGCUCAACAACAUUGCCUCCGUCGCUGGCUCGCAGCUGGUUGGCUAG